AUGCCUCACUCUGUAUCGCCUACCGGUGCAGCGCAACCUGAUGAUGAGAUGCCGGACGCUCCUCCGGUUGAAACCUCGACCGAAAACAGCGGUGUCAAGCUGGCGGACAUGUUCGACGACGAUGACGAUGAUGAGUUUCCUGCUUCCAGCGCUCCUGACGCGAACAUGAAAUCCCCAGCAGCUCAGGAGGAGCCGGCUCCUGUGCCCUCUGGUGUGGACCAGGAUAUCAUGCUUGCUUUCUACCAACGACUGUUCCCCUUUAGAUACCUUUUUCAGUGGCUAAACCACGGAAUUGUACCCACUAAAGACUUCGGAAAUCGCGAGUUUGCUCUCACCCUCCAAAAUGACGCCUAUCUCCGAUACCAAUCAUACCCCACUGCAGACCUGUUCCGUAAGGACAUCCUGAAAAUGAACCCUUCUCGUUUCGAAAUCGGACCUGUCUAUAGUACCAAUCCCCGCGACCGCAAAACGCUACGAGGCGGCCAAAUGAAGCCCGUGUCGAAGGAAUUGGUUUUCGAUAUUGAUUUGACUGAUUAUGACGACAUACGUACUUGCUGUGUGAAGGCGAAUAUUUGUGCCAAGUGCUGGUCAUUCGUAACAAUGGCAAUCAAGGUCAUUGACACCGCCCUCCGGGAGGAUUUUGGAUUUGAACACAUUCUGUGGGUAUACUCAGGUCGUCGUGGUGCUCACGCCUGGGUUUGCGACCCGCGUGCACGCAAUCUACCAGAUGAUCGACGACGGGCCAUUGCUGGAUAUCUUGAAAUCCUCCGUGGUGGCUCGCAGAGCGGCAAACGCGUGAACAUCAAACGACCAUUGCAUCCGCAUGUUGUCCGAAGUCUUGAAUUGCUCAAAAAUGACUUUGCUCGAACCACGCUCGGCGACCAAGACACAUUCGAGAGUGCCGAGCAGGCCGAGCGUCUUCUGGCCUUGUUGCCCGAUAAGACCUUGAACGAUUCACUGCGGAAGAAAUGGGACUCGUCACCAGGCCGUGCCAGCACCAGCAAGUGGGCUGACAUUGAUUCACUCGCCAAGACUGGUAAGAGCAGCACGCUAAACCCAGCCACCCUUCGAGACGCCAAGCAAGACAUUGUCUUGGAAUAUACCUACCCACGUCUGGAUGCUGAAGUCAGUAAGAAGAUGAUUCACUUGCUGAAGAGUCCAUUCGUCAUCCACCCCGGUACUGGUCGUAUUUGUGUACCAAUCGACCCCCGCAAGGCCGAAGACUUCGAUCCUUUGUCCGUUCCAACAGUGAUGAACCUGCUCGCGGAGAUUGACGAAUAUGAUGCGAAGCACCCUGCUGGUACAGCGGAAGCUGAAGUUCCUGACGAAGGCAGUGCGGUGAACGGCUCUGACAUGAAGGGUAGUCGCAAGCUGCAGGACUACGAGAAGACUAGUCUCAAGCCAUAUAUCGAAUUCUUCCGUUCAUUCAUCGCAGGGCUUGUGAAAGAAGAGCGGGCAGGCAAGCGUGAGCGCGACGAGAGUGGACCCGGCAUCAAGGCGGAUCCAAUGGAAUUCUAG